AUGGAAUUUAUUAACUCAGCUGCUGAGAACAACAUCACCUUUGUGCGACCUGCAUAUUUUAUAAUAAGUGGUUUUAUUGGCAUACCAAAUAUUAGAUAUUAUUUUGUCUUUCUGUGUUUUAUUUACAUUCUUGCAGUGGUGGGAAACACAUUAGUGAUGACUGUAUUUACAUUGGAUCACACUUUGAGAAGUCCUAAAUAUAUUGCUGUUUUUAACCUUGCAUUUACAGACCUGUCAAGUAGCUCUGCUUUGAUGCCAAAGGUUCUUGACAUUUCUCUGUUAAACCAUUAUUAUAUUUCCUACAAUGACUGCAUGACUUUUAUGUUUUUCAGCUUUACUUUAUAUGUGAUGCAGGCUUUUAAUCUAGUUGUAUUAUCCUUUGACAGAGUCAUGGCUAUCAUGUACCCGCUGCACUAUCAAAUGAGAGUGAGCCACAAGCUCAUUUUAUCUUUGAUCGCUUUUUUCUGGCUUUUUGCCAUAACUCUUAUGCUCAUUACAGUUGGCCUUCUCACAAGACUUUCUUUUUGUAAGUCUGUAAUUAUUCAGAGCUAUUAUUGUGAUCAUGGUCCUAUGUAUCGUCUUGGCUGCAAUGAUGUUACCCCCAAUCGUACAAUCGCUGUUAUGGCACCAAUUCUAAUUCUUGGGUUUCCACUGGCAUUUAUCGUGGGAAGUUAUUGCUGUAUUGGUUAUUUUUUGUCAAAAAUUUCUACAAAUAGAGAAAGAAUGAAAGCUUUUAAAACCUGA